AUGUGGCUGAAGAAGAAGAACAAGAAGAAGAAGAAAUGGCUGAGGAGUGAGGAACAAAACGUAGAGAUGGCUCAGGCCUCUUCGGUGCCUCUCGGCGCUGCGAGAGGGCCAUUGCCGACCCCAUCAUAUCCAAACUACCUCUCCGGUGUGGGUUCCGUUGGUGAAAGGUUUCGUUGCUGGUCGUCGUUCACGUUUCUGCAGAUUCGUUUACAGUUCGUGUGCAAGGAGGAUCAGCAUGUUGAGGAUGUAAGAGACAACAUUGGUAGCAAUUCAACAACUUUAGUGGGAUGUGGUACUGAGACUCUUGGCAAACUGAUGCUUUGUCAAUCUCUAGCGAGAGAGAGAUCACCAUCAACUUUCCCAUCAGGAGAAGUAGAAGAUUAUGCAUUACCAAUAGCUUUUCAGUCAUCGGAUUAUGCACACCAUUCUGCUGGAGGGGUCAAGAGAUGUGGAUGGCUGAGUGAUGAGGAGGAGACAGAUCCAGAUGAGGAUAGUGCUGCGGUUGAUGAUGAUGAAAUGAUUCAACUGACUCCAGAACCGCUAUGUGAAGAACUUAAAGAGCUGUUGAGGGAAGUACGUGGAGAGGAGAAGAAGAGGAAGAGACCCACGAGUUGGGACACCUAAGGAGUCAUGAGCUCCUGUAACUAUCAUUGAAGUAAAGAAGCAGGACUAAAAGAGUAACUAGUAGUAUUGGCAGUAAAAACGGUUAAAA